GCGCGGCCCGGCCGGGCGGUGACGCGGCGGGGCGCGCGGCGCUGACGUGUCGCGGUGCGGGCGCGGGGAUGCGGGCGCUGAUCCUGGUGGGGGGCUUCGGGACGCGGCUGCGGCCGCUGACGCUGAGCCGGCCCAAGCCGCUGGUGGAGUUCUGCAACAAGGCGCUGCUGCUGCACCAGCUCGAGGCGCUGCAGCAGGCGGGCGUCAGCCGCGUGGUGCUGGCCGUGAGCUACAUGUCCGAGGCGCUGGAGGCCGCCAUGCGCGAGCAGGAGCAGCGGCUCGGCCUGCGCAUCUCGCUGUCGCACGAGAAGGAGCCGCUGGGCACAGCGGGGCCGCUGGCGCUGGCGCGGGACCUGCUGGCCGAGGGCGGGGAGCCCUUCUUUGUGCUCAACAGCGACGUGAUCUGCGAGUUCCCCUUCGCCGCCCUGGCCCGCUUCCACCGGCAGCACGGCGGGGAGGGCUCGCUGGUGGUGACCCGCGUGGAGGAGCCGGCCAAGUACGGCGUGGUGGUGAGCGAGGCCGACACGGGCCGCAUCUGCCGCUUCGUGGAGAAGCCGCGCGUCUUCGUGUCCAACAAGAUCAACGCCGGGCUCUACAUCUUCAGCCCCGGCAUCCUGCGGCGCAUCCAGCUGCGCCCCACCUCCAUCGAGAAGGAGAUCUUCCCGGCCAUGGCGCAGGAGGGGCAGCUCUACGCCAUGGAGCUGCAGGGCUUCUGGAUGGACAUCGGGCAGCCGAAAGACUUUCUCACGGGCAUGUGCAUGUACCUGCAAGCGCUGCGGGCUCAGCACCCCGAGAAGCUGCACUCGGGGCCCGGUGUCGUAGGGAACGUGCUGGUGGUAAGUGCCAGCCCCCAGCACGCCAGCCCCAGGCACGCUUCACAGGCUCGCUCCGGCUUCCUGCUGCUGUCCUCACCGUGGCCCUCAAGCUGUGCCCUCCCGUCCCCACGCCAGCUCAGCGUUGCAGGCCGUGCAGAGAGCCGUGGCUGCCUCGCAGCCCCGGUGCAGCCUUUCUUCCUUCCAGGACCCCAGCGCCAAGAUCGGGGCAAACUGCGUCAUUGGCCCCAAUGUGACGAUCGGGGCUGGCGUGGUGGUGGAGGACGGGGUGCGCAUCAAGCGCUGCACAGUGCUGGAGGGGGCCCGCAUCCGCUCCCACUCCUGGCUGGAGUCCUGCAUUGUGGGCUGGAGCUGCUCCGUGGGGCAGUGGGUGCGCAUGGAGAAUGUGACAGUGCUGGGCGAGGACGUCAUUGUCAACGACGAGCUCUACCUCAAUGGGGCCAACGUGCUGCCGCACAAGUCCAUCACCGAGUCUGUACCAGAGCCACGCAUCAUCAUGUAGCAGCCCCCUGGUGCGCCCUCGACUCCCGGCUCUGCCUGGAUUAAAUAUUUAUACUUCUGUCUA